AUGUUUAAACCGCUCGAAGGUGUUUUGUUUAGUUUGAGAUCGAAAAAGGAAAAAAAUUCUUAUCUGUCAUUGGAAUUAAAAGAACCGGACAGAAUAAGAAUUUUACAUUCUGGAAAAAAUGGAACUCAAGCCAUCGUCAUACCGAUGAAAAUAAAUGACGGACAUUGGCAUCAACUCGGAAUUGCAUUGCAAGAUGAUAAUUCCGUACGAAGUUUUUUAGAUUGCGCAUGGGUUAGCACUGAUAUAUUGAAAAGAAACGAAUUGUAUCAUCCGGAAGAUGCGGAUUUAAUUAUAGGUUAUCUUUUUCAGGGAGAACUAGAACAAUUAAUGAUCGUUUCAAAUCCAGGUGCUGUUGCCCAACAAUGUUCCAGCACGAAAAUUCCAAUUUUCGAUCCGACGAUAAUCGACCAAAAUGAAAGAAAAAAAAAAAAAAAUUUUUUUACGAAUAAAAAAACUAAAAAAAAAAUUCAACACCACCAUCACCAGCAUCAACAGCACCAACAGCAUCGACAGCAUCAUCAUCGUCGCCAAAGGGAAAAAUUACUAUUUAAAAAAAUAAAUAAAUUUACUCGAGAUGAUGAAUCGAUUGAAGGAAGCGGUUAUGGAGGAUCAUCUUUCAAUAAAACCGACUUUGGUUAG